GCAUGGUUUUCAUACAAAUAUAUCUAGAAAAUUUCAGUGAUUUUUGGUGUUGUUUCUCACAGGGAUAGGAAUUUACCUAAUGUUUGGUUUAUUUUGUGAUUUUCUUUUAAUACGAAUAAAAGAUAAUAAUUAAAAUUAAACCAUUUACAACACUUCUGUUAACUUUCUAGUGCAAAUAACAAAAUGAGAAUAGCAGUGUUUGCUUGCCUUAUCGCAGUUGCAUUUGCAGCUGAUAAAUACAGCUCAAAAUAUGACAAUUUUGACGUAGACACCCUGAUCACUAAUGAUAGACUACUUAAGGCGUAUAUCAAUUGUUUCUUGGACAAAGGAAGGUGUACUCCAGAAGGAGCCGACUUCAAAAAGACUCUUCCUGAAGCCAUAGAGACCGUGUGUGGGAAAUGCACAGAGAAACAGAAGAACAACAUUAGGAAGGUCAUCAAGGCCAUCCAGCAGAAGCAUCCCAAGCAAUGGGACGAGCUAGUGAAGAAGAACGACCCCAGUGGAAAACAUCGCGCUACCUUCGACAAAUUCAUCCAAGGAAGCUAAAUAAUCGUAGCAUUUAUUGAACAUAAUCUCAAACAAUUUCGAAGUGAAUGCUCUACAAUCAAAUAUUUUUUUAUUAGCCAGCAAUAGUUAAACGUUUUUUACUAAUUUCGAAUUCAGAACCAGUGGUCUUAUCAAAAUUUUAAGCGAAGAUAUUUCAGAAUUAGGUUAAGUUUGUUAUUAAUGGCCUUUUUGAUAUCAGUACAAGCGAACAUUGCUCUCUAUAAGUAAUUCAAGGCCCGAAGUUCAGUGGUAUCAUAGUAGUUUUAAAGUUCGUAUGAUUAUGGUUAUUUUCGUUUAUUUAUUAAACCAUCUGUUAGGUUUAUGAUUGGAUUACAAAAUGUUGUUUGUGUUAUUUAUUUCAAAUAACACCGCGUCGACUGAUAAUUGUAAUAAAUGAUUGAUAUAACAA